GGUGCGAGAGAGACAGAGCAGGAAAAUUGACUCUCGGAAUCAGUCUGCAGGCCAGCCGCUUCCGCUUCCGCUCCAACACCCCCACCACAAUUCCCCCACCCCUGCGACUACUCUCCCGUGUGCUCCUCCACAGUCUCUCGACAUUUUUGAAAUCUACGCCGUUCUGUAUUUUCUUUUGCACGUUAUUGAAUUUAUUUACCGUCAUGGGCAAUUUUGCCUCGACAGCUCAGGCUGCAACAGCGCAUCCUCCAAUGGUUGGGGAGCCACCUCCAGAAUGUCCGAUGCACCAGAAGAAGCCACAGCCAGCUCCAGCCGCUUCUGAGUGCCCAAUCAAUGCAGGUGGCGAGGCUAUAAAUCCACUGAAUAUGAUGCCAGCCCCCAAUCAAGAACCUGCACCAGACCAGCCAUUCCCCCUCCCAAAAGACCGCCAGGUUUCUACAAUUCCCAAAGCGGGAAAGGAUGGGGAAUUCUGGGUUUACCCUUCCCAACAGAUGUUUUGGAACGCAAUGUUAAGGAAGGGCUGGAGAUGGAAGGAGGAAGACAUUGCACCUAAAGAUAUGGCAGACAUUAUCAAAAUCCACAAUGCGAACAAUGAACAGGCUUGGCAAGAGGUUCUCAAGUGGGAAGCACUUCAUGCCAAGGAAUGCACCAACCCUCGCCUGAAGAGCUUUGGAGGGAAAGCACAGAACUAUUCUCCCCGAGCUCGAAUUCGGAGUUGGAUGGGAUAUGAAUUACCAUUUGAUCGCCAUGACUGGAUCAUCGAUCGCUGUGGCAAGGAUGUGCGCUAUGUAAUAGAUUAUUAUGAUGGUGGAGCUGUAGAUCCAGCAUAUAAAUUUGCAUUGCUUGACGUUCGUCCAGCUAUGGACUCCUUUGAAAAUGUAUGGGACCGAAUGAAAGUAACAUAUAUGCGUUGGAAGUUUGCAAGUGAAAUUGAGGCUGCCAACCGAAACCCUGUUUCUGCUGCUCAAUGAAUUUCAUUCAUGACACCAGUGAUUUGUUUCAUCUAGUUGCUCAACAAGAUUUUAUUUCCUGUUUCUCAUCUUCCUUUUCUUGUGAGGAAGUUUGGCUCUGUUAUUCAUUUUGUGUUCCUAAACCCUUAAUUAUUUUUUUUUGAAAGACAAGAAAAUAAGUUUUGUGUCUAUCAGAAUGUGGCUAUUUUUUAUGAUUUUCUUAAUGUAUGAGAUUUUUGGUGAUUUGCAUUGUAGGAAUGCCAAAAUGUUUGAGAUCAAUAUCUCUCGAAAGAUUAUCACUCUCAACAGAGCAUUUGCAAUAUCAUAAAAUGAGUAGUCUGAUUUAGGAGCUGAAUCUGCUAGUGAUGUUAGUUGUAGCAAUAUGUUCUUGACACUCCCUGACCCCUGGUAUCUGUCUGUGUACCAGACCAUAGGUCUAUUGUUUCUCAGCCUUCGUCUUUAUUUAUUUAGAUCAGUUCUUGCAAGCUGUUCUAUUGAAUUGAUGUUACAAUUGUCAUCACAGAACUUGUGAACUUUUUAGGUUUUUGACAGUAUUUGAGCAGUUUUUGGCCAUUGUACAUGUAGUAGUUCAGAUAAAAUGGAUUUCAGAAAUUCUUAUACUUCUGAAUAUCUGUAUUGGCACGUUUCUGUUUCAGAUUUUUAUUCAUUGCGUUUCCUGUGAUUAAGAUUUUCCUAGAUAUGCAGUAUUAGUAUUGCUAUUGUCUUGUAAAAUAUAGAUCAGAAUUUAUUAAUGCAGAGCUGUAAUCUGCAGCAAAGAAACGCAAUUGAAAAAAUUUUCAUGCACAGGAUGAGUAAUGUAUGUAGAAACGUUGUGUUAUUUCAUGGUGCAUGCUUUGUGUGAUUUAAUUAUCACUGACUGAAUUUGUUUAACAUUUAAUUGAGCAUCAAGUUAACUUAAUGUAAACCAAAGUCCUUAAUUAUUAGGAUUAAAUGUUAGUAAAAGACAUCUCAAGUGUGUGAUUAAUGUUUGGAAAAACUCUUUUCAACCCAUAACACUAACAAAACGACAUUCUUCACUUUAUUGAUCAUUUUUCUAUCGAAAUGAUGCUGGAGUCUGCUGGGCCUCGUUCAAAGUUGGCGCCCUGUCACACGGCCUGGAGCGUCGUCUGCGCAAGACGCCAUUUUGAGUUAUGGCCUCUGGACCACUUGUUGUGUUCAGUGUUGCUGGCGGCUCAAAGCUGCUUUGUCGAGGCUAAAUUGUUGAAUCUGACUCGAUGCUCGUGUUAACUUUACCAUAGAUUCCCUUGCCUUCUUCUAAAGUGUUUGAAAAAUGCCAGGUAAAUCCAUUUGACAUCUGGCUAGGUCGGGCCGGCAGUGCCUUGCAGCAUCCCAGCUUCAGAAGAAAAUGUAACUUUUGAUUCACUACUUGAUUGUUUACCCAAGUUAUUAGAGCGUUAGGGUUUAGGUAAUCUACAGCACAGCAGGCGAUGAUUAUUUCUUUCUAUUAUGGCCGUUAAGUCUGGGUUCUGUGCUUACACUGUACACAUUAACCCUAUAUUUUAUUCAUCCAUAUUCUUUAUGGUUGACUGAUUUACAACAUUUCUAUAUGAAUGUCAACCUGCGUCUGAGGAUAAGUUGCCAGAAGACAGGGAAUGCCACUCAAAGUAGAUGUGCAACAUCGAUAAUUUAUGAAAAAUUUGCAGUUUCUAUUUAUUGCUGGAAUAUUUUCUUGACAAGAAAAUAAUUGUCCAGUCCAUUCGUCAUCGCAGACCACCUAUCUAUUUUUAUCGUUAAGACACAUCCUGAAACUUAUGGACAAUAGAAUCCAAACACAUACGAUCUCUUUGAAAAUACUACGUUCCUGGAGAUAAGUAAAACCUCUUCUGUAUUUUCAGGUAUGCUGUUUUCCAAGAAGGUGCUUACGUUAAGUAUAAGUUAUAUCAGCAAAAGAUAUUUUCCAUUGAGAAUUUAGCUUUCUAUCACUUAUGAGUUUUGCUGUGUACACGCUGUAUCUUUAUAGGGCUUUCUGUUUCGCUAAUUUAUUACCAUUUCAUUCAAUUGCAAAGUUAUUCUUUGCAUUUUUGCAUCUUACCUUGUCAGGACUUAUUAACACUCUGGUUCUUCACAGUUUUGUAAAUUAUUGUGAAAUAUUAUUCAUGUUGUCUCUCAUUAUACAAUCAAAAUUUUGGCUUAUUGGUAGUGAAAGAUUGCUGAAAAAUGUUAAUCAACACAUGAUCAACAGAAUAUUCUGAUUUUAGUAGUUUUGAAGUGCAAACUGUAAUUUAGAACUGUAUUUUGCUCUUUGAAUUUUUAUUUUUAAAUGUAGACUAUGCUUGCUUGUAUCUUCUUUUGUCAUUACAUGUAUGUAGUCUAGCUGUAAUCCAAAAGGGUAAAAGAAGUUGAACUUAUUACUAGAGGAAUAGAAACACAUUUUGUGAAAAAAAAAAC